CAUAUAGGUUGACUUAUUCAUCUUUCAUAUCUACAUUUGACUGGUUAUGAUGGACCAGAACUUUUGCAUCAUAUUAUGCAUCUUUUGUGUAUCUCAGUCGGUGAUGGCUUUUAACAUUGAUCCUUCUACAUGGAAAACUUUCACUGCACCACAGUAUGCAUCCUUUGGCUAUAAGAUUAUACAGAAAGACGCAUCAAGGCCAUAUGCUAAUAUGGGACAGUCUGUCAGCAGUCGUGGGCGGGUCCUGAGCAAUUUCACUUUUUCUGAUGUGGUGCUGGUGGGAAUAGCAGGUCAGAGGGGUCGGUUUGGUUCUUCUUUGGCCAGUCCAGCAGAUCUGAAUAAUGAUGGUUACAUGGAUGUGCUGAUUGGAGCUCCUUUAGAGGAGGACGGACAGGGCAGCAUCUACAUCUUCAAUGGAGGAGUAAAUCAAAUAAAUCCCACAUAUUCACAGGUGAAAAAGACUUGUAAUCAAUCAUUGUUAUGUGAAUCAUUCAGGUCCAGGCCCAUCUUGCUCUUGGAAAACAAAGUAACUUAUAACCCAACCAAAAUACCAACCAGUGUAACAGACUGCACAAAGCCAUUGCAAAACAAACUGACUGUGUGCUUCACCAUGAGCGGAUUCAAACAUAGCCUAACAGAUUUAGCUGCAAAUAUUAAUUACACCAUAACGCUGGAUGCCAAGCGACAGAAAUAUCGAGCAUAUUUCUCGGACAAAAACCGCCUCCUCAAUGAUGUGAUGAACAUUGGGUUGCAGGAAGUUUGCAGAAAUCAUUCUUUUUUAAUAGAGGCUUGUCCAGAAGAUGCUCUGAACUCAUUGUCCAAUCAGUUAAAUUUGACAUUUAAUGGUCUACCAUCUACAUCUAGAACAAUGCAAAACUUGAGGCCAAUUCUCCAUCCAGAUAUAAAGACCACCACAGACCACAAUCUAGAUUUUGAGAUAAACUGUGGAACUGAUAAUUUAUGUGUGGAUGACCUCAGAAUGGAUUUUAAUUUCUCUGGAGCUAAAAAUAUCGAGGUUGGGAUCAUGCAGGAGAUCAAUGUGACAGUGUUUGUAGAGAACAGAGGAGAAAACUCAUACAACACACUCUUCACUCUCAACUACGCCUUUGGAUUUUCCUACAGGAGAAUCACAUCUAAACAGGGCAGAGUGGAGUGUCAGUCUCUGGAUGGUGUGCAAGGAGGUAAACUAGGAGAAACCAGCUGCUACAUCAGUAAACCCAUCCUCAAGGACAACUCUCAGGUUGUGUUUGAGAUUACAUACAGUAUUAAUAAAGAAAGUACACUGGGCCAAAAUGUGAGGUUUAAGGCUGCGGUCACAAGUGGAAAUGACAAACAUGCUAGUGACAGUGAAUUUUUCAAAGAAAAGACCAUUGGUGUCAAAUAUGCCAUCUCUAUUGCCUUGAUAAGGCAUGAAAAUUCCACCAUCCACAUUAAUUUUACUUCAGGGAAAAAGGAUCUUAUGAAACCAGUCCACCAGAUAAUAAAGAUUGAAAAUGACCUCAGAGAAUUAACUUUCAAGGUUUUCAUCAAAGUACCAGUGAAAGUUGGUGAUGCUGAUAUCUGGACUAAUUCAAGUCUGCAAAUUUCUGGCUGUAAGCGGGAGAACAUGAAAAAGCCUGUUAUCACCAAUUUUAUGGACAUUAUUAAAAGUCAACGUACAGUGAACUGCUCUGUGGCGGUGUGUGCCGAGUUCAGCUGUGACAUCACUCUCAUAAAGAAUGAAAGGAUGCUCUAUAAUAUAACUGGCAAUGUGAGCUCUGGAUGGAUUGAGCAGACUGGACUCAGAGCUGCUGUUUUCCAUCUGGUCAGUUCAGCAUAUCUGGAUUAUGACAAGAGCAAAUAUGUUUUAUUUUCCUCUGAUUCUCAACAAACUGCACCGUCUGUUCAGAUUAAUACUCAAGUGGAGGUGUAUGAGGAGGUGAAUCUGACUAAAGAGAUCAUUGGAGGUGUAAUAGGAGGCCUGCUGCUACUGGCUCUCAUCACAGCGGCCCUCUAUAAGGCUGGGUUCUUCAAAAGCCAGUACAAGCAGAUGCUGGAGGAGGCACAGGGGGACGCAGGAGGACAGCCAAACAUGUCACAAUAAUCUGCACUCAUUCUGUUAUGAGAUGUUAAUGUGUUUUGUGUGCUUGAGAAUGAAACAUACAUUUAUUUAUCACCUCAAAAUGAAAUACUGUAUUUCGGCCUGACUUAGAACACUUUAUAAGAAUGAAAUUUGGAAAUUAAAUCAUAUCACUACUCAUCGUUAUCUUUUCAGCGAGUUUAACAAUGAGUUACCACAAUGAAAGUAUUUAUCACCUUGCAAAUAUUGUUUAACUUCCUUUGUUUUAAAAACUGAUAAUGAACUAUAGCAGAAAUGUCAGUAAUAUCGGAGGGCCUUUUUCUUAGAUGCAGACUGUUUUUGAGAUGUUUUCAUAGUGUUUCUUUCGAUUUUUAUAAUAAGGCUGGUUCCGUCACAGAAUAAAAAGGUAUUGCAUUGUUUUAUCUCACAAUUCAGACUUUAUGAUGUCUUUAUUCAGAGUUUUACAAUUCUAAGUUUAUAUCUCACAAUUCUAACUUUUUUCUCUGAAUUCUGUGUUUACAUUUUGCAGUUCUGAUUUAGUCUAUGAAUUUUUAUCUAACAA